ACAAGUGGUAGGAACCCAAACAAGUCGCACUACCAUGAUUUGGCCCGAUUUAAAGGUUUCCCUGUUCAUGGACAAGUGAAUGCGGAUGGAGUUUUGCUAUGUGGCAUGGGAUGUUAUUUGCCAUGAUCUGAUCGAUCUUCUCAGCGAGUUUUUCCUGGAGAUCGAGUAAACAUGCAUUAGUAUGACUUGUAUUCUCUCUGUUUCAUGCUCCUCGUUUCAAUUCAUAAUCUAAAAAUCCCCGGGCAUCCACUCGACAAGAUUUAGUGGCUCUCAGAUGUUCGAUGGCACCUUUGGAUAGCUUUUUCUUAAAAGAUUCAGCUCAGCAUGCCCUUCAGACCUUUUCGUCAGCCGUGGCCUGUGCACUUCGAUGUCGAAUGAUGGCUGCUUCCUUCUGCAGAAGUGGGGUUUCGAGAUUAACGCCGAAGAAUGUGGCAUUGGCUUUCAGAAAUCCAUCCAACAGGUAUUAUGCUAAUUUCUUUAGAAAGCCAUCCGACUCUUGAGAAUUGAUACAUGUUAUUCUCCUCACCUUUGACUGAAUGAUCCAACCUGUAAGGACAAGCUCACGAGACUCAACUAUGUAUACGGAGUCUCUGUUCUCUCCCCGACGAAGAACAGCUCCUCCCAUUGGGUAGAGAUACGUGAAGCAGAGAGCUCUUCAAAUAGAUGAAACAAAUUCUAUUUGUUUUAUCCGUUCAACACAGGUGUUUGUACAUAUAGAUAACAGAGACAGUGCAGAAGGGAUUGAUUAUUUCUCGAUGCAUGGUUCACGUGAAAUGGUGAUGCUGUCGGAUUAAAGCUAGAACAAGGCACUGAGAAGUAGGUAGGGGCAUCUCAAUAGUAUUUGCUUGUUCUAUUGCAUAACCUGUGAUGGUGAGCAUGCCAGUAAAAGCUGUGAAGAUUCUAACUUCUGUGUUGCCUUCUUUUUCCUAAUAAUUUUUCCUUGGUUGGAACAUUUCGACCUCUGUCUUCUAACCCCUCGUCAGAAGGUAUGUGAAUCAUGUGAUGAGUUGAAUGGGGUAAAAGAGUCUCAUGAAUCUCUCUCUUUUUCUACUGUUCUUUUGCUUUCUUGAUUUCCUCAGAAAGAAAGUUACAGCUACCCUGGACCAGAAUUCAGCUAUCCAUUCAUCAUUCCUGUAGCAGGCUGAGCCAGAUGUGGAAGAAGAAAGGAAUAACUCGGUUGUUAAUACGACUCAAUGAAUCACCCCAUUAGACUUGCCUCAUAAAUGACUCUUUUUCCGAGGCAGAGUCCAAAUUUGUGCCAUGAGGGUGGCAGAACGAAGGCAACGACCAAACUCGUCACCUGAAACUAGCAGAAGAGAAGGAAGCUGCAUGUUAACGAGCACUUCCCUUGAUCUCUCUUCUUCUCUUCGCAGCAGGUGAAGAUGGGUUCCAAACUGAAGCUGGUUCGGAAUGUCAACCAUGCGCGAAGAUUCAGGUUCCUGGUGCUCAUGGCUGGAUGCUUCGUAGUCACGAUGGCCUUCUUGGUGGCGUCUAAACCUCAAACACCUGUUCAUUACAACUCCGGUUUUAGGACAUGGCUGCCACCUCCGCAGUCGGGUGACGAUGUGGUGAACGGCGAUAAUAAUGGGAUACAGGGGAUUCAUUCAGCUCUUUCUGAAAAGGAAGAUGCACUAAAUUCUCAGGCAUUGGGUGAAGUAGAGAAAGAAGAGAAACAAGUACCACAUGUAGCAGAGAGCAACAUUGAGAAAGAGAAGAGUUUCCAGAGAGAAGAGAAUGCCAUUGUUGUUGAGUCAACUCCGAAGGAAGAAGCAAGCAUCCAUGAACUAACAGGUACAAUUCAGAUUCCAGAGAGGAAGCCACUGUGUGAUGUUUCAGACCAACGAGUGGAUGUCUGUGAAAUGUAUGGAGAUAUCAGGAUUCCCGGGAACUCUUCGUCUGUCAUAUUCAUGGAACCAUCCAACGCAGAGCCGAAAGAGCUUUGGCAAGUUCAUCCUUAUCCUCGCAAGGGAGACGAGGCCUGUCUCGCCGGAGUCAGGGAACUUACGGUCAAAGCAAGCAGUGAAUCCCCCAAGUGCACCUUCCACCACGAUGUCCCGGCUAUCGUCUUCUCCGUCGGGGGAUACACCGGCAACCUCUUCCAUGACUUCACCGACCUGCUAGUUCCUCUCUUCCUGACCGCACGCCAAUUUGAUGGGGAGGUCCGGUUCGUGGUGACCGACUUCAAGAGAUGGUGGAUCGCCAAGUACCUUCCCGUGCUUCAGCGGCUAUCCAAGUACCCGGUGAUCGACCACGACAAGGACGACGAAGUGCAUUGUUUCAAGCAGGUAAUCGUUGGCCUACGCGCCCACAAGGAGUUCCACAUCGACCCUGCCAGAGCCCCUAAUGGCUAUACCAUGAUCGACUUCACCAAAUUCAUGAGGCGCGUCUUCUCUGUUGGCCGAGAGACAUUGAACUGCAUCGAGGAUCUCUCCGCCAGGAAGCCGAGGCUGCUGAUCAUCGCGAGGAAGCGAUCGCGAGCCUUCACAAACGUCGACGAGAUAGUGGCAGCGGCGGAGGAGUUGGGGUACGAGGUGGUGGUCGGCGAAGCUGAUGCGGGGACCAACUUAGCUCGGUUCGCGCAGAUCGUGAACUCCUGCGACGUGAUGAUGGGGGUGCACGGCGCAGGACUCACCAACUUUGUGUUCCUGCCGCUGAAUGCCACGGUGAUACAGAUAGUUCCAUGGGGUGGAUUGGAAUGGAUUGCCGUGCUAGAUUUCGGGAACCCUGCCAAGGAGAUGGGUCUCAACUACGUACAGUACAGUAUAUCCAUAGAAGAGAGUACUCUUUCGGAGCAGUACCCGAAAGACCACCCUGCGUUCACGGAUCCCAUGUCCUUCCACAAACGUGGGUUUCAUGUCGUGAGGUCUACGUUCAUGAAGAACCAGAAUGUGAAGCUCGAUGUCAGCAGGUUCAGAGAUGUCCUGUGGAAAGCGCUCGAGCAUAUGAUGCAGUAGCUGCAGAAUGAAGGCGUUUCUUCUUCUCC